AUGGUUGUCAUUUCACAGCUGUUUCUUCAUGAGGAAAAAACAUUCAAGACGAGCAGAUAUAGGAAUAUUGCAGAACACCAUGGUCUUAUUUGGGCAAUACUUGAGGAUAUACCAUCAGCCUCGGAGGAGGAGGAUUCUGACUUCCAGCCAAGAUGGAGAAAGCGGAUAUAUGAUGUGAAUCUAGCACAUUUCCGAGAACAGCCAGGGUCAUCAUCAGCUAUGACGGACUUGACGGAAAUAACACCGACUGUGUUUGAUAAGCCUGUUGUCAAAGAAAUGUUAGAAUAUAUUUUUUACCAAACAAAUCUUAAUGCAAUUCAAAAGGAGAAACCCAUUAAGCAUACAACAAUUAGAGAGUUUAAGAUAUUUUUAGGGAUAAACUUACUGAUGGGCAUGAAAAAGAAGGCUUUUUAUCACGAUUACUGGUCAACAGACCCCUGCUCUAGAGACAACUACAUUGCAAAUGCCAUGAACCAUGACAGAUAUACUCGUUUUUUAUCAAAUAUUCACAUCAAUGACAAUUAUAAUAUGCCAAACAGGAAUAACCCAAACUAUGAUAGGCUUUAUAAAAUUAGACCUCUAAUUGAACAUCUGAAUAAACAAUUCCAGACUUGUUACAACCCAAGUCAAAUGCAGGCCAUUGACGAAAGUAUGAUUAAGUUCAAGGGCAGAAAUACCAUCAAGCAAUAUAUGCCUCAAAAGCCUACAAAAAGACCUUAUAAAGUGUGGGUAAGGGCUGGUGAUAGUGGAUAUGUCUGUCAGGCAGAAAUAUAUUGUAAAAGAGAUGGAAAAUAA